AUGAAACUCACUAUAGCUUUGGUUUUUCUAGUCGUCUUGGUUGGAGCUAGAUAUGAAGAUAAAUAUGAUUUAAACAAGAUGCCGUUUGACUUACGUCCAGUACAGAACAUUAUUGGAUUGUGGGCUUUGGAUAAUAUCAACGGUAGAUCGAGGGACUUACCUCCUCCUGAUCAAAUCGAUUAUGCUAUCAAUCCCAUUCCAAAGUUUGGAGCCAGAGCUAUCAAUAUCACACAUACUUAUUAUCGUAACGACCAAGUUCUUCGUCAUGACUAUGGUUAUAUGCCUGUCAAGAAUGCUACCAGAAGAGAUCCCAGAGUUCACGUAGCUUACCUCACCACUUCUAGUGAAGGUUGGUCCAUGAUGGAGCAAGGUCAAGUUAAAGGUGAAGUAAUGACAUUCCAUUUGAAACAAUAUCUUCGCCGAAGCUUUGACGUUGGAAGUCGGAAUGAUCUAGAAAUUCGUGAGUUUGAGAGACAGUUGGAACAGCCGAAUCAUGAUCGAUUGAUCAUGAAAGUUCGAGCAGAAACGAAUUUGGAUACAGAAGCUUACACAGCUUUCUAUCAUCGGGUUCUAUGA